UCUGUGGAUAUUCCGUGUUAAAAGAGAUGCGAAGUGAGCUUUAGACAUAUCAGUUCACCCGGUGGACACUCGACACCCGGUGUCCGUGUCCACCGGGUGUCGAGUGUCCACCGGGUGCAGUGUGUCCACCGGGUGUAGUGUCUCCUGCUAGCGGGUCGGAGCUUGCUAGCUAACGUUAACUGCCAAAGAGUUACUGCACCGGUACAGUGACGGCAUGCCAAGGCGGUCAUGGCUUGGAAGUCGAAGACCCGCAAUCUGCAGGUGGUUGACACGGAGCUGAGUGCGGACACGGUGGAGUGGUGCCCUGUUGCCUCGAGCCACGACGUCCUGGCCUGCGGGACGUAUCAGCUCCAUAAAGGGGUAGGGGAGGCCCCCCCAAGCCGGACUGGUCGUUUGUACCUUUUUGAAUUUCGGCGCGAGGGAUCCAUGAGCCCUCCUCUCAUUGAGCUACAGCGCGUUGACACAGCGGCCAUUCUAGAUUUGAAAUGGUGCCAUGUGCCGUUGUCAGGGGGGGCCGUGCUGGGAAUGGCAGCUGCCACUGGAGAGCUGCAGCUGUACUCACUGUCAGACAGUCAGGAAGGCGGCCGGAGGCUGCACCCUCUGAGCAGCUUGGAGGUGGGAGCAGAGCGGCUGGCUCUGUCAUUAGACUGGUCCACUGGAAGAAUGGACAGCAAUGAUGUGCGGGUGGUGUGCAGUGACUCUGCAGGCUGUGUCAGUGUGCUCUCCCUGGCUGAAGGCACUCUGACGGCUCUGUCUCAGUGGAAGGCCCAUGACUUUGAGGCCUGGAUCUCAGCCUUCUCGUACUGGGACACACAGCUUGUUUACUCUGGUGGCGAUGAUUGCAAACUCAAAGGCUGGGAUCUGCGGGUUGGUCCCUCCUGCCCCACUUUCACCAGUAAAAGACACUCAAUGGGUGUGUGCAGUAUACUCAGCAACCCCCACCGGGAGCACAUCCUGGCUACAGGCAGCUAUGAUGAGCAGGUGUUGCUGUGGGAUGGCAGGAACAUGCGGCAGCCUCUCAGUGAGAGUCCAGUGGGUGGUGGAGUGUGGAGGCUCAAGUGGCAUCCGACCGAUCAGCACCUGCUGCUGGCAGCCUGCAUGCACAAUGAUUUCCACAUCCUUCACUGCCAGCAGGCGCUAGAGGGCAGUGGAGGAGUGUGUCCUGUCGUAGCCUCCUAUAUCCUCCACAACUCGCUGGCGUACGGAGCUGACUGGUCCCGGCUGACCCUGGAGGAACCGGCUCCCUGCUCCCCUGCUGCUGCAGAACCAAAGGAAAGCCUUGCAGAGAGCGGAGGUCACUUGAGGAUUCAGUAUGAAUCUCCCACUGCCAGCUUUGACACUUCCUUGGAGGAUGAUGCAGGCCGAUACAUCCCAGAGGGCAUUGCCGCGCCCCCUGACACCCCUACUGCAGGUCCUUCCCUGAAACCUAAUAAGGAUGCCCAAUCACUAUCUUAUCUGCUGGCAAGCUGCUCCUUCUAUGACCACAUGCUGCAUGUGUGGCGCUGGGACUGGACUCCAGAUCAGGCUCAGCUGGAAUCGGAGCCAUGUUGACCAGCGUGGAGUGUGCUGGCUGCACUGACUUGUAUAUCUUGUAUCAAACAUGCCGAGUAAGGCAGAAUGUAUAGCCCAACAACAAGUCCCUUAUAUUUUCAUAAUGACGCUUGAUUUUUGUAAGCUUGUAUUUAAACAUAAAUUGCUUAGCAUGAUCAAUACCACCAUUCACCUACACACCGUUCCUCCAUUAUAGCCAUUUUAAGCAUUUUGUGACUGCAUUAUGGAAAAGUGUUCACAUAAACAACUUGCUUGACUCCAUGCAAUGUGUGUGACUCAGA